ACUGAAAGACAGCCCUUGAUUUUUUGUUUCUGCCAAGCUCUGAAAACUCUCGUGAAACAGAAACGUGAUGGAUUAAGGACUGUGUAGAGAACCAGUAAAGCAGAUUUCCAAGGAUAAAUUGCAGAUGGAAGAAGAACAGUGCCCAAAAGGAAUUAUUCACUAAGAUUUCUUCCUUGGUGCAGAGAGAAAGUGUUUGGGGAUCUCUGAUAUUUCAGCCUCUGAAUCAGCAUCUCUGAGGGGGACAUAUGGGACUUAAGAAGGACAGCUGACAGGGAGCCUCUGAGGUGAAGCUGAUGUGUCCCCAGCACAGGCAGAAGGACCCAUUUAUCAACCCUUUUCUCUAGUUUGCAACCAUGGGGCGGAGUUUUAAAAGGCAAGUGUGUGUGCUCCCUCCUGCAAACACUGGCUUUAGGAGCUGAACUGGCAGAAGGUGCUGACAAGUGUGGCUGGACCAGGGCUCUGCUGCCCCAGCCAUGAGACAGCACACCUGGUUCCCCUUGCAGUACAUGCCCAAGCCCUUCUGGAGAGCAGAGAACCACAACACGACCAGCUUCUUCUCUGCACUGUACGGCUUCCCUAACCAGUCCUUCUUCCACAGUGACUUGAAUCUGGAGGACCUGGGGGACUUUGAUAGCGGAGCCAAGUAUGAGGGCGAGUCGCAGAGCCGGACAGUGAAGGCGCUGCUGAUUGUCGCCUACUCUGUGAUCAUCUGCAUUUCUCUCUUCGGCAACAUCCUGGUGUGCCACGUGGUCAUCAAGAACAAGAGGAUGCACUCUGCCACCAACCUUUUCAUCGUAAAUCUGGCUGUUGCUGAUGUGAUGAUCACCACCCUGAACACGCCCUUCACACUGGUGAGGUUUGUGAGCAGCACCUGGGUUUUUGGAAAGCUGAUGUGUCACAUCAGCCGGUUUGUUCAGUACUGCUCUGUCCACGUGUCUGUGCUGACCCUUGCUGCCAUUGCACUGGACCGGCACCAGGUGAUCAUGCACCCUCUCAAGCCACGCAUGUCCAUGGUGAAAGGAGGGAUUUGCAUCAUCAUCAUCUGGGUUAUGGCCAGCUGCUUCUCACUGCCCCACGCCAUUUAUCAGACUCUGACAAGGUUUUAUAUUGGAAACAGAACCAUCCGAAUGGUCUGCCUCCCCAGCUUCCCUCCUCCUGCUGAUCUUUUCUGGAAGUACUUGGACCUGACUACGUUUGUUCUCUUGUAUGUUCUGCCCUUGCUUGUGAUCUCCAUCACAUACGCCAUAGUGGCCAAGAAGCUCUGGCUGAGGAACGCCAUUGGGGACCUCACCAUGGAGCAAUACUAUGCCCAUCAAAGGAAGAAGAAGAUGACGCUGAAGAUGCUGAUGGUGGUGGUGGUCGUGUUUGCUGUCUGCUGGUUUCCCCUGAACUGCUACGUGGUGCUGAUCUCCUGCAGGGCCAUCCACAGCAGCAACGCUCUGUACUUUGCUUUUCACUGGUUCGCCAUGAGCAGCACCUGCUACAAUCCCUUCAUCUACUGCUGGCUGAACGAGAGCUUCCGCACGGAGCUGCGGUCCCUGCUGUGCGUGUGCCGCCGCAGGAGCACGGCUCAGGGCCACGCUCUGCAGCCCAUCUCUCCCCUGUUCCGGCACGCCAAGGCUGAGAACUGCCCGUGCCAAAGAAGCAGCACACACCAGAAGGCACAGACACCCUCCCAGAGGAACUCUGCAAGGACAGACAUAUCCAGCGUGCAGCCGAUUGUGGCAGAGAGCUGAACCUUUCAUCUGACAGCUGGGCAGCAUCACACAGGGAUUGCAAAAUCGUGGGGAAAUGGGUUUGGAAAGGCCUCUGGAGACCAUCAAAUCAACCUUCCACCCACAGCAUGCAAACUUCAACCUUUGGGUCAUUCAGGGCCUUGUUCUCUCAGGUAUCAAAAUUCUCUAGGGAUGAAUUGCCCACUUGUGAGCUCCAGAAUGAGGGGUGUUGAGUGAAGUUUUCAUUGGAACAGGCAGCAAAAAUGAAAAGAAUUAUUUAACAGCACACAAAGCCUUUCAUGGUCUAAGCAAACAUGGGGAAGCUACACUGGUUAUAAACACACCAGCUACCCACUAUGGCUUGAUG